CUGAAGUCGCUUGUGCGCAUGCGCGAGGAAAAUGCGAUUAUUCCGCAUGACACAGAAAGUCCAACCUGUUCUUUUCCUCGUGCAAGGUGCCUUCUAUCGUCAUGAAUCACGUCUUUGUUUACGGCUCGCUAAAGAGGGCCCAGCCUAACUACCAUUACAUGACAGACAGUAACAAUGGAAAGGCGGAGUUCCUUGCCACAGCCGUCACCGUCCAGAAGUACCCACUGGUGAUCGCCACUAAGUGCAACAUCCCCUUCCUCCUUAACCUCCCAGGACAAGGCAAUAGAGUCCAUGGGGAGAUCUACAGAGUGGACGAAAAGAUGCUGGAAUUCCUGGAUGAGUUUGAAAAUAUACCCACCAUGUACCAGCGGACAGUUGUUAAACUGGAAAUCAGUGAGUGGGCAGGAGGGACGGGCGAGGAGAAGCUAUCGCCUGGAAGCAUCACAGAGGCGUUUGUGUACAGCACCACAACCUACCAACCGGACUGGCCCUCGCUGCCGACGUACGAGAGCUACGACUCCAAUGGAGAUCAUGGCCUAAAGUUUAUACUGAGGGAAGAUCGAAACUGGGCUUCAGUGCAUUGAUGUUAAUCAUUUUCAAAAACAUGUUAAGCCAAAACAAAUCUGUGCGCAAAUGAAGUGGAAUUGAAUAUAUGACAAACAGGAAGAGGCUGGCAUUAUUAAUUAAAUAAGUCAAAAGAGCCUAUGGUUUACUUUAAAAGAAACAUAUAAGACUAAAAUGGAAAGUAGCAGGUACAUUUUUUCCUACAUAAUAAAGCACAUGGCUAAAAUAGCCUGUAUGCAAAC